GUUUAGUAGCAAGUGUGCUGUUGCCGCACACUUCGUUUAUUGUUCAUUUCAAUUAUUUUGUUUCGACAAAUGUUGUAUUUUGCGAACUCGUCGUUCGGCCGCGUUCCGUUUAGUUUUUAAGUUUUUUGAGCGACAUAAAAGAAAAAUGAGAAAGAGACAAAAAAAAGAAAUAAGCAAGAGAUUCGCUGUUGAGCAGUGCCGUCGAGAAAUACGCGCGUGUUGAUCGCAAACGUUGAUCUUAAAAACGAAGACGAGAGGGGGUGCAUCAUGUGUCCGCAUCGUGUUCCUCGACGAUGCCUCGACGAGUCGACCAUUGUGUCCACGAGUAAACGGGAAAUCACAUGUCAGUGAAGCUAUUCUUGCCUCGCGCAUUUCCACGUUCAAGUUUUCCGCAUAUAAAUACUCAUAUAAAGUUUCGUUAAGACGCGAUUAACGUUUAAGUGAGUUUAAAUGCCCGCCAUCAAUUUUCACGCGUGAGAACGUGCGGGUUUCUAUGUAUCGGCGGUGUUUCGUCCGGCAGUGGUGAUCGCUAUUACCCCCUUACGUCCACGAGAGAGAUCUGCAGUAACGUUCAUUAAUCUGUCGCAUGUUUGCGUCGCGCAGAUGGCGGGAGACAAAACUGGUCCUCGAGUGAUAUUCAAUGGCGACGAACAGGACAGUCUGGACGCGCAAGAACUGGAAUGCCAAGUGCGAUUAGGCCAAUGGACACCGCCGUCAGAUCCGUACUGUCCGCCGGAUUUUGACGGAUUGCGAUGCUGGAACGCCACUUUGGGCGGAACUACCGCGUUUGCAAACUGUCCGGCUUAUGUCGUAGGGUUCGAGUCAUCACGAAUCGCGUAUAGAUACUGCGAGCCGAACGGUACGUGGUAUUGGCAUCCCGCGUACGGUCGACAAUGGACCAACUACACGAAUUGCGUGGAUAUGUCGGACGAGCCUUGGUACCGCAACAUCACCGUGAUGUACGAGGUGGGCUAUGUGCUGUCCACGAUAACGCUGUUCAUAUCACUGGCAAUCUUCGCGCGCGUGCAAUGUAUCCAGUGCCCCAGGAUUACGGUGCACAAGCACCUAUUUUCCUCCAUCACAAUAACUAACAUCAUGUUGCUCAUUUGGCACUGGUUUAUCAUGACAGAUCUGGACCUAGUAGCCGACAAUAACAUAGUGUGCGUCGUCUACCACGUGGUCCUUCAGUACUUUCUAGUGUCCAACUACUCCUGGAUGCUAUGCGAAGGUAUUUACCUCCACACGAUAUUGGUGUCCACGUUUAUCGACGAGACGGACCUGGUGCACGGCCUGAUAAUCUGGGGGUGGAUCUUUCCAGUUCCCAUUGUUACCGCGUAUACGGCGUUACGGGCCACUAGCAAGGAUCCAGAAGACACCGAGUUAUGCUGGUCGUCCAGCGGGAAUUACAUUAACGUUAUGAGUUACCCGGUGCUCCUGACUACCACCACGAACGUCUUCUUCACGGCUAACAUCAUACGAGUGCUGCUGAAAAAGCUGAAGGGUCAAGCCAGCAGAGUUCGUCGCAUUUUUCGCGCUACUAGGGCUGCAAUCUUUUUGACGCCGGUACUUGGACUUCAAUAUUUCGUGGUUGCGGUGCGACCCGCACCGCAACAUCCGUGGGAACCGUAUCACGAAAUAUUACACUCGGUAACUGCCGGUUACCAGGGUCUUUGGGUAUCUAUAUUGCUCUGUUUCGGUAACAGCGAGGUAAAAACUGCGCUUCAAAGAAUAUGGUGGAACAGCGAUUUCAGAAGAAAAAUCAGUGAUUCUAUAGAACUACGACAACGGAGUUCCUCUCUAGCGCCGACGGUCUCGUAUAUCCCUUACGACCGUCAAAUACAUAGAGGACACCACAAAGAGGACACAGAAAUAGGAUCGAUAGACGAACCACAGAUGGACGAACACACAGUUUGAAUAUGAAUGAAAAUUCCGACAAAAUUCGACGUUUUGUUCAAUAGACACGAACGUUCCUCUGUUGAAAGAAGAAAGAAUAUCGUUUAUUUGACGAUUUGCGACACACAGUAAUGCAUACGUGUGUAUUAUGUGAUAUCUCAAUGUAAUAUAAAUGAACAAAGAAACAACCAAAAAUUUAAGUAAAAACAAUAAGAAUGUAAUAUAUGUA